UAUUUUAUUUUCUGUAAUCAACGGCAACUAAACAUAUAAGUAGGUACACAAAUAAUAUUGUAUUUCCGUUUGUCAAAACAAAAAUCUUGUGUGAGUCUAUAUCUUUAAAAUCCCUUCUUAUUGCACAUCUAGAGCAUUUGAGGAACCACUGUUCAAGAUGUCAAGUUCAUACGUUUUAUCAUUUUUGAUAAAUAGCAAUUAGUAUUUGGAUAUAAUUAUUUAGUAUUUAUAGAUCAUAUUAUCUAAAAAGGCACGGUUUCAUCAUCCAACCUUAUAUACAUUUAUUUCGAUUUUAAAUGAAAACGCGUCAACAUAUGUAUAAAAGUCAAAAAGUAAUAGUGGGCACUUCUGUAAUUUUAUAUUGGUAUAGUUUAGGAGUGAAUUGGAUAAAGUGGGUGGGCUACCUGAAUUUGGCCCACCUAAUUAAAUAUCAAUCAUAUAAAAUGUGAAAAUGACUUGCUAAUUUUUAAAACUAACAGCAUACUUGCUAAUUAUUCACUACCUAUUUGUUGGCAUACCUUUGGAGUUGAUUGGGUAAAGUGGGUGGGUCAAGUUCAUGGUGUCACAAUUUAUAUCUAAAAAGAUACGAUUACCUCAUUUGACUCAUUUGUUCGUUUCAAUUUUAAAUCGUAGAGCGUCAAAAUAAUUAGUAAAGGGUAUUUUAAAACGUUUUAAUAAUUUGCUUUAUUUACAUUGUGUCCAAUAUUAAUUCAUACAACUAUACUACGUAUGGACCAUUUGACCCUACUCCAUUACGACUAAACCCUGCAGGGAAAGCAAUAGUUAUUAUUAACAAUUAUAACAGGUCAGCAUAGACCAUAUAUGGCAAAUGGGUUAACCGUAGAAAUUAUGAUGCAAGAGUAAAAUAUGUAGGUACAAUGGAAAGGUUCUUGGGCUUAGAAGAUCUUAAUAGUCUAAUUUGUCACUAUGACAAGACUACAUGAUUAAUAAAACCCCGCGUUUAUCAUAGAAUAGGUCAGCUAAAAAGAUACAGUUGCAAAUCCACGGCCACACAUGCAGGAAGGUUAGGUAUAGCGAAUACUAAUUCGGGGCAUCGACCACACGGACCGCGAGAGCGUCAGCACUAUUUGUAAGGGUCAAUUAGUAAAGUGGAGGGAUAAGCACGCACUAUAUAAGUGAGCCCUGAAUGGUCCAUUUUUCAGACGUGAUUUCAGAUAGUUAGUACGAGCCCCUCCAAGCCAGUCAAGCCAGACCAUCUUUUAAAAUUAAUAAUUUGGACUUAAGAAAAUAUUUGAGUGAAUAGUAUAUUUUCUGACAGCUAGUAGCAUUCGUCGAUCCGAGUAUUUUAUAUCAUAUUGACAUAGUAUAAUCAGAAGUUUAACGUCAUUGUGCAAUUAUUAAAUAAACAGUGGAAAUACAAUUAAGCGUCGAGCGUAUUGAAUUUUGUAAUCAACUACGACUCAUCCUGUCCUGUUAUCGUCAACUGUACGCGGGCUUACGCUACACAGUACUGAUUAUACCCAACUAUUAUAAAAAAUAAGGGAUUGUUUUUUUAACAUUACAUCACUCUGUAAAUUAGAAAUUAAUUCUAAUUAAAAACUAGACGACUAUCAUUACAAUUUGGAUUUUAAGUGAAUCUAAAAGAAGAGUAAAAGUAUUGCAAUCUAUUUAUAAACUAAUAAUUUUUUGAAACUUGUUUUUGAAUUCAUAUUUUUUUAAAUAAAGUUUGUUAAGACUUGGACGCGUAGCACUGUGUAACACACUGUAUAAUGCUAACACAUAUGAUUGGUAAUUCGUUGGAAACGACGACAUUGGACAAACCUGAAUAAACAAAAAAACAAAUAAAUAAACAUAUUAUAAUAACAUUAAACUUUUACAACGCACUAAAUACGUAUGAACUAAAAUUUCAAUCAAUAUUAAAAAAAACGAACACUAACAAAACACUGUGCAGAAUGUUAUCGAUCACUUCCGCUACCCGAAAUUUUUGUCACGUUCUAGGCCACUUGAGCAACUUCCGGAGGCUUACGAGCAAUUUUACGAGCAAUUAUUUAGAGAUGUUCCGGAUGCGACUAAACGCCGAGCAAGUUGGCCGGAAGUUCGAAGUGUGCGACGACGAGCUGACAGUUGUGGCACGCCGCAUGUCGGACGCCAUGGACGCGGGUUUGUGGCGCAACGGACAGCCGGACACGCUGGCCACAAUAAGGUGCUGGGACACACGCGUACCGCGUCCGUCACCACCCGCGGCUACCGAUACGGUCGUCAACAAGUUUUUGAGCCUGGAUCUGUGCCACGGCGACAGGUUCCGCACGCGGUUGACGACCCUGCUAGGUGCGCAUGACGUGCGGAUCAGGUCGCGUGAGCACCCACUGACGCCCAGCACUCUGAUGACCGGCAAGGUGGCCAAUCUGUUCGACCACCUGGUUAGUGGACUGGCCGAGUUCGCUGACGAGUUUCACAUGAGGCAGGCCGGGGUGCCACUGGCGUUGACGUUCGGGUUCCCAGUCUGGCAUGCCGGGGCCCUGGGUGGUGCGGCCAGCCUGUGCCGGUGGACCAAGGGGUUCGACUGUGCGGACGCAAUGAGUCGGGACGUGGCGGCCGAGUGGCGGGCGGCCGCGGCCCGGGCUGACGUGGUAGUGGGUCCUGUGGUCGUGCUCAACGACGCGUGUGUGGCCAUGAUGCACAGUGCAGCGGACAGGCCGGAUACACGUGCCGCGCUCGUCGUGGACGACGGCUGCAACUGCUGUUACGUGUCAGAAUUCGGCCGCACCGUCAUCAACACCGAAUGGGGUGCUUUCGGUGAGGACGGCGCGCUCGACCACCUGUUGACGGAGUAUGACCAUCGGCUCGACUCCCGAUCCCAAAAUCCCGGCAAGCAAAUUUACGAAAAAAUGACUUCAGGCAUGUAUAUGGCCGAGUUGGUGCGUGAGGCGGUUUUGGAGAUAGUCUCCAACCAGGCGAUGUUUGGAGGUAGAACUACAACCGCCAUGAACACAGAGUAUGCGCUCAAAGCCAAACACUUGUGGCUGGUCGAGUCAGACAAAGGUCCGUCGUAUGAUGGCGUCCGGGCUGUCCUGAAUGGGGUGCUGAAUGUGACUGACCCGUCAGACAUGGACUGCGAGCUGUUCCGGUACGCGUGCCGGUGCGUCACCAGACGGUCUGCAAACCUGAUCGCUGCUGGGCUGUCAGCCGUGCUGAAACGGACCGGACUGCCUGUCACGGUGGUCAUGGACGGGUCCGCGUUCAAGACGCACUCUGAGUACGCGCUCACAGUUGGUGACAAAGCGCGGCAGCUGACACGCCAACAGACAAAUUUUACGUUGCGGACAGUCGAUCACACGCAAGGCCAGGAUGCGUGGAUUGUGGCUAGGAUGUUGGCCACAAUCCCCGUGAAUCCGGCAUAAAUACCAUUGUGAUAAUGUGUAUUUAUUUUAUUGUAUAUUUUCCAAUAAACAGAUUUUAACACUAUUCCUUUAA